CAUUGUUUUUAACGUUUUUAACGCGACGAGAUGGAGGAAAAGGUCCAGCCGAAAUUCGUAUUGCCGUCCCCUAAAUUCGACAAGCCCAAUGGAGCCAGCAAGGUCAACCACCUGUACCUGACCCCCAGUGGGAUGACCCUGCUAACGAGGGCCAAGCAACCGCCGCCCAUGUACGGCGCACGAGGAUCAACAGUGCCUGCCAAGUAUCUCGCCCAGGAAAACUUUAUAGCGCAGAGCAGUGCAGUCAGUGUGCCGGAGACCCCACCGAUCUACCACUCGCCUCCGCGCCCGGAGUUCUGCCACACGUGUGGCAUGGAGUUGGCCAAUGCCCAGGACAUGAGGCGCCAUCUGGAGCAGCACGAGUCCUGUCCCGCUGAUGACUGCGACUUUGCGGCCCUGCACAACAUCCUGGAACGCCAUAUUGAAGCCAAUCACAUCACGGGGGCUUACAAAAAGGUGAAGAAGGUGUGGACGGAGGAAGAAUUGGCUGCUUGGAGGGCAGAAAGGAGGAAAAGAUAUCCCACAGCGACGAAUGUUGAGCUGGCCAGAUUGGCAAAGGAGCAGAGACUAAAGCGAGGAGAGCGUCUGGAGGCCUCUAAGUCGCGCUUUGGAAAUCGGGAAGAUCGCCAGAGGACGCGACCCAAAGGAGAUCACAAGGAGCGCUUCGAUCCCAAAAACAAAAGGAAAAGGGGAGUUAAGGAAAAGAAGAAACUUGAAGGAAGUACAAAAAAAAUUACUGAUAAAUCAAAGGAAACUAAAGAAGUAAAUAAGGCAACUGAAGAAAUCCAAUGUGAUCAAAAAGGAGAGCAGCCCAACUUGAGCUUCACAGAAAAUGGCAAAUUCCGAGGAACAGGAUCAAUGAAAGACUACCAGCACGUGAAGCCAAAAGUUCAACAGAAGGACAAUGCUUUGUUUGGCCUGCUUGGAAUGUAUGGGUCAGAUAGUGAAGAGGAAAGUGAAGCAGAGUGUGAGGAUCAGGAUCAGCACAAGGAAGAAACGGAUAUACCAGAUGCACAAUUGGGUAUCCUCAAAACUGAACCUCCUGAGCGCACAGAAGAGGGUUCAGGCCAUGAUGGUCUGAUACAAAAGUUAGAAACCAAUAUUGCCAUAGAAGAUUUGGGCACUGAGGCUUCUCAAGAGGGUUUAAGUACGGAUAUGCAAACAUGUGACGACCCAGUACAAAAUGUGGGAAAGUCCCCUCUGGACGACACCUCCAUAGAAGAGCGCUGUAAUCCAGUAUCUUCUUCCAUCUUAGAAUCAGUUUCUGUUACCAGGGAAGAUGCUGGCUCCUCCGACGAAGCUCCAGAUGAAGAGCCCUUCCAGCGAACAACGGAAACCAUAAGGGAACCAACUCCUCCUAAGGCUGAACCAAAGGAAUGUAAGCCCAAAACUGCACCCAAACGAGCUGCCCCAAAGCGAAUUUAUGGCUUAAACUACAAGAAGGCUCGCAAGCAAACCCAGCAGAACACCAUGUUAUCCAAACUUCUGGAAUCGGAAAUACGACAUGAACGGAAUGUCCUACUGCAGUGCGUGAGACACGUGUGCGAGAGGAAUUUCUUUGGCAUUGGACAAACUAUAGGGAAAGAAAACCUAGUUGCAGCUUGCGAUAAGGAUGAAGAGAAGCUGGAUCCCAUUUGUGAUAAAUCCGUGUAAACAUCACCGGAUGCAUUAUAACUAUUAGUUACUAAAAUAAGUGAAUAAAGUUUAGAGAUUUAGCCCAAACUGUUAUCGACUGUAAAAUGUUA